AUGGAGUUUCUCUCACAGACAUAUAUUGCUUUGCGGGGCCCACAAGGCGCGCCACAGUCCCCGUCAGACACAAUCGCACGGCUUAGUGAUAGGCUGAGCCCGGCGACGCUCCUCGCAGACCGACGCGCAGCCGUACUCUCGCUCAAGGGCCUCUCGCGCGACUGGAGGGUCGAGAUCGGCGAGCGUGCUCUUCCGGGUUUACUUGAAGUACUGCAGAACGAUGCAGAGGUCGACGCGGACAUCGGUAAGGCUGUCCUGGAGACGCUGAGCAUCCUUUGCGAGGUCCACGAGGAUGCGCCGGCGCAGGCCAAGGAGCUGAGCUUCAAGCACACGGACAAGGUUCUCGAGAACGACGCCGCAAUUCACAAGCUCUUUGCGCUCCUUGCGGACCAGUCGUUCUACCUGCGUCUGGCGAUCCUGCAAUACCUGGUCAUACUCCUACAGAACCGGAGGCAGGUCGUACAAAGCUCUUUCCUCAAGGCGCCAGUAGGACCGACGACUGUCAUUGCCGUCUUGGAUGAGAAGAGGGAAAUUAUACGUACAGAGGCAUUGACCAUGCUACAGCUGCUACUUUCGCAAAACCCCGACAUCCAAAAGAUAUUGGCGUUCGAAGGCGCAUUCGAGAAGUUCUUUAGUAUAGUCAACCAAGAAGGCGGAAUAGAAGGUGGUGUGUCUGUCCGCGACGCACUGACUUGUGUGGACACCCUCCUGCGAUACAACACCUCGAAUCAGAGCUACUUCCGCGAAACUUCAUUGCCACCAUUUCUGCCAUCGAUGCUGCUUUUCCCUCCGUCGCUCCCACCACACGAGCCUGCACCCCAGAACUUCGCGCUUCAGUUCUGGGAUCCCCUACAGAAACGUGCGAACGCAGCGCUGGUCGUGGGUAUCAUGGGGAUCCUCGUGAACUCGAAGGGUGGCAGCGUACCCGAUGCUCAGCCCGAAGAGACGUUCGCCUUCUGCCGCUGCUUCAUCGAGCUUGGCCUGUCAAGCAAUGCACCAUCGUCACUUAAGACUCAGGUCCUUCAUCUCCUUCCGGUGAAUUUGAACAUCCCUCUGCCAUCCAUGUCUAUCACUCCAUAUAUUCCUGUCCCCGAGUCAAAUGGCGAGGAGUGGGAUCGUCUCGAGCCGGCCUCUGCGCUUGAUGCACUCGUAGAUCUCGCGCUGCAUGGCGAAUUCAAUGGUGUGCUUGGUGUCAAACGGACAAGGGACAGCAUGGAGCUUCGCGGCGCAGCACUCGGUGUCUUCCAGAACUUCGUCCAGAGGGGUGACAUUCGCGAGGCCAUCGUGCAGGCUAUGGUCCCACCGGAAGCCACCGAACGCCCGCCUAUCACUCCUUUACUGCAGGCCUUGAUAACACAGCCCACAUCACCUCUGGAUGUCGCCGCUGUCACGUCCACCCACUUCUCCACGCUACUCUUCGCUGACCUCAUCCGCUUCUCGCCGCGCGCAAAAGCUCUCGCACGGAGCAUCGUCCCCCAGCCUCCUGCGCAGGCCUCCGGCAACUUCUUCGUGCCAGCAGACGGCGGCGCACCGCCAGCGCCUGAGCCUGAGCCCGAAGAAGACGAGCAACAGGCGUUGCUGCAGAUCCUCAGCGAGCACCUCUCGCUCGCACUACUGUCGCGCCGGCGCGCGGAUACGUCCGAACGCGAGGCGCGAGAGUGGGAUAGGCUGAUCGUUGGGUACUUGUGUUUGCUCAUACAGUGGCUCUGGGAGGAUCCGCCAUCAGUAAGAGGCUUUUUGGAGGCGGGUGCGCUUGGCAUGCUGGUGGAACCUAUCAACCAGGCCCCCGAGGCAGAUUCAAUGAUACCGGCGCUGUGUGCGUUCCUACUCGGUAUAUGCUACGAGUUCAAUCGCGAACCGGGCGAGAUCACACGGACAACGAUAUAUCCCAUCAUGACCCGGCUCGGCAUUGACCUCCUCGUAGGGCGCAUCACGAACUUGCGAGAUGACGACCGCUUCAAGGCAAUCGGGCCUGACACGUUUGUGCUUUCAUACCCCCACCAGGGCGGACAUCCUGCGAACGGCGAGGGCGAAAAGGAAAGCGAGGUCUGGUUCGACUGGGCGUUUGCCGACUUCUGGAAGUCGAACUACUGUGCAGGCAUCUCUGCGGACCCGAAGGCGCCACCGCCUUCUGCAGGUCAGAAUACAGAGACGCUUGCACUCGUAGCGUCCCUCCGCGAGACGAUAGCGCACCAGGCGCAGGAACUCGAGGCGCUGCAGAGACAGGCACAAGAGCUCGAGGCUUUGCGGAGCAAGCUGCGCGCGGAUCUCGACAGCACGCGGGCAGAGCUCGCAAGCACGCACGAACAGUUGCGUACGACUGAAGAGAAGUGCCAAGAUGUUGAAAAGGAGCAGGAGGAUCUGCUCGUGCUCCUCGACGAGCUCAAUGGCAAGCGCAGGCGCGACAAGCAGCUGAUGCGCACUGCGGGGAUGGAAGUAUCGGAGGAUGAAGACGAAGGUGACGAGGAAGACGAGGAAGAGUAG